AUGUACGAGUUGAAGGAUGUUCCAGGGAAGGGAAAAGGUCUUGUGGCAACCAUAAAGGUUCGACAGGGCACGCGGAUUCUCUGCGAAGAAGCUAUCAUCCGAGUCCCUCAUAAUUACGACCAACUGGGCAAUAAAAAGCUACAGAGACACAUGUGCCAGCAAGUCAAUGCGCUCACUGAACAACAGCGACUGGCAUUCCUCUCUCUACACAAUAUUUAUCCCUACAAGAAUCCCGCCGAACAAUACAUCGGGAUCAUACGCACAAAUGCCUUCUCAAUUGAAGAGGACGGGAUCGGAGGAGGAGUUUUCCUCGAAGCAAGCCGCAUCAACCAUGCUUGCGAUAACAACACCCAGAAGAGUUGGAACGAGAAUAUCAAGCGGCAUACUGUCCACGCCCUACGAGACAUCAACGAAGGUGAAGAAAUCACAGUAUAUUAUCUAGCGGUCCAAAACAGCCGGCAAGCCCGACAGGAGGCGCUACGAGCAAAAUUCAAGUUUUCAUGCUCAUGUCGUAUUUGCUCGUUGCCACCCAAACAAAUACAGAGGAAUGAUGAGAUACUGGAAGAGAUUAAUCAUCUGGAUUGUCUCGUCGGUCAGCGUGGCCUUGAGGGGAUCUUAUCAUCCCCUCUCCGAACCCUGCGCUACCUUGACCGAGAGAUUCAGCUAUAUAAUAUGACGGGCCCGGAUGACCCAGGCUUGUCCAGGGUGUAUUUGGAUGCUGCGCAAGUUGCUAUUGUGCAUGGUGAUUUGGCAAGAGGACGCAUCUUUGCAGAAAGAGCGGUACGAAGUUGGCGAAUUUCUGGCGGUAGUGAUAGCAAAGACGUGAUUGAGUAUGGGGCACUGCCACAAAAUCCUUCACAGCUACCGCUAUACGGAAUCUCAAUGCAAUGGAAGACGACAGGGGAUGAUGUUCCAGACGCACUUGGAUCCACAGAGUUCGAAGACUGGCUGUGGAAGAGGGAGGUAUCACCACGUUCGGGGGCGCAGAGAGGUCUUCACAACCGCGCGACCUUCCCUUCGUUCAGCGGUCUCCCAGACGAUCGAGGUGUAGAUACGGGUUUUUAUAGGGGUUCGGACCAGCCACAUCGGCAUUGGUGUUUUCUAGCGGAGAUUGUGGACUUUGAUUUUCUCACCCGUCUACACAUGAAGAUAAGCGAUGUCGACGGGAGGAAGAUUCCUCUAUGUUUCUAUACUGAUGGUCAAGGAAGGGAGUUAGAGCCCGCGAGAAUUCGAAGGGGCUACACUGUAGCAAUCCUCUACGCACAACAGCACGCUUUCAUGUUUGACGAACCGGGUAUUCGUCAUGAAGUUCCGGCAAGGAUGAAGGUAAAACCCCCCAAUAUCAUUCGAUUGACUCCUAGAAGAUGCUAA